AUGAAAACCGUGAGAAGGUGCCAGAGAUUCUGUAGCAAUGCUGCCAUCCAUUUUAGGAAAUUAACAGUUCUUGCCGAGUCCAAACCAGAUUUCUUAGAAUCGAAACAAGUUCUUCAUGUGGCUGCGGAUAAGGAUGCUACUCGUGUUUCAAAUCUGCACUAUCUUGUGCAGUUAUAUGCUAAAAUAAGAUCAUCCAUGGCUGGAAGGGCAUGCCAUGCUUAUGCUAUUCGUAUUGGAUUGGAAUUCGACGUUUUAACUUCAAAUAUGAUCAUUAACAUGUACUCCAAAUGUGGUUUAGUUGAUGAUGCUCGCCAAGUGUUCGAUGAAAUGCCGGUGAGAAGCUUGGUUUCGUGGAACACAAUUAUUGGAGCACUUACCCAGAAUGCAGAGAAUCAAGAACCUCUCUUGCUUUUUAUUCAAAUGCAAAGAGACGGAACCCCUUUCAAUGAGUUUACCAUUUCCAGUGUUGUAUGCGCAUGUGCCUUGAAUUGUGCCACUCUCGAAUGCAUGCAACUGCAUGCUUUUUCAAUUAAGGCUGCCAUAGAUUCAAAUUGUUUUGUUGGAACUGCUUUAGUUGAUGUCUAUGCCAAGUGCUCUUCAAUUGAAGACGCGAGCCGAGUGUUUGAGAGUAUGCCCGAAACUAAUGCUGUUACGUGGAGUUCAAUGUUAGCAGGAUAUGUUAAAAAUGGUUUAUUUGAGGAAGCCUUGCUGCUUUUUCGUAAUGCUCAGCUUAUCGGUUUUGAUAAGGACCCAUUUAUGGUUUCUUCUGCUAUCUGUGCUUGUGCAGGUAUGGCAACCUUGAUUGAAGGAAAACAAGUGCAUGCUAUCUCAUGGAAAUCUGGAUUUGGUUCAAACGUAUAUGUUGCUUCCUCCCUUAUAGACAUGUAUGCUAAAUGCGGCUGCAUAAGGGAAGCUUCCCUUGUGUUUCAAGGAGUGGAGCUGAGAAGUAAGGUUUUAUGGAAUGCCAUGAUUUCAGGGUUUGCUAAGCAUGCUUGUGCACUAGAGGCCCGGAUCAUAUUCGAAAAAAUGCAGCAGAGAGGGUUACUUCCUGAUGAAGUUUCCUACGUAUCUGUAUUAAACGCAUGUAGCCAUAUGGGUUUGUACAAAGAAGGAGAGAAGUACUUUGAACUCAUGGUCAGAGAGCACAAUCUUUCACCCAAUGCCCUUCACUAUUCAUGUAUGAUUGAUAUUCUUGGUCGUGCAGGAUUGGUUCACAACGCAUAUGACUUGAUUCAGAGAAUGCCAUUUGAAGCAACUGCUUCUAUGUGGGGUUCACUCUUAGCCUCAUGUAGAAAUUAUGGCAAUAUUGAGUUUGCUGAGAUUGCAGCCAAGCAUCUAUUUGAAAUGGAACCUAGCAAUGCCGGAAACCAUGUCUUGCUAGCAAACAUCUAUGCAACAAAUAAAAAGUGGGAGGAAGUUGCCAGAGCAAGGAAGCUUCUGAGAGAGAGUGAUCUUCGAAAGGAGAGGGGUUCGAGCUGGAUUGAAAUAAAGAACAAGGUUCAUUCAUUCACCGUUGGUGAAAGAAACCAUCCACAAAUGAAUAUGAUUUAUGAUUAUUUGGAUAAUUUGGUAGAGGAGUUAAAGAAGCUAAAUUACAAGGUUGAUACCAACCAUGAUCUGCAUGAUGUAGAUGAGAACAGGAAACAGACGCUUUUGAAGCAUCACAGUGAGAAACUUGCUGUUUCCUAUGGAUUGAUGUCUUUACCUAGUGAUAUAGAUAUACCAAUAAGGAUUAUGAAAAACCUAAGAAUUUGUGGCGAUUGCCACAAUUUUAUGAAACUUGUGUCUAAGUUUACUAGUAGGGAGAUCAUUGUUCGAGAUACAAACCGCUUUCACCACUUUAAAGAUGGCUGCUGUUCUUGUGGGGAGUUUUGGUGAACUUCUUCACUCAUGAGGAACCAAAACCAAUGUGUAGAAUCCAAGGUAUUACACACAAAAUUGGUACCUAAAGAAAUCAAAUUGAAGCUUCCCAACAAUCAUUAAUACUAUAUUAUAAUUCUUCUCAGCACUUUCACCAGUACCAUGUUAUGGGUUCUCUAACUGCCUCAGAAGCUGAAGAGAUUGUGCAAAAUGAAGGAGCUAUGGAGUAUUGGGGAGAUAUACACGGUUACCAUCCGAUUUCAUUGGAGAGAGAGAGGGACAUAAAUCGGAUGGUGUCCGAUUUGUGUGGAGUAGAAUUCCGUGGAUACUGAAAUCGGAUCAAGGGUUUUCUGCCCGUACACAAAUCGUACACAGGGUUUUUAGUACCUCCAAUCGAAUGGUUCGAUUUGUCUUGCGCAAUACUCAUACCUUGGUGAAACACCAUAUACCUUCAUAACUCUGCUAUACA